GCGGGUGAGCCGAGCCGUGUGUGAGUCGCGCGAGGCGCGCGAUCCGUAAACACGCAACGCGACGCAAUCCUGCGACGCAACCGGCGCGACGAACGGUCAGGCGACAACGAUACGCACCUCUAAUCCCCGGGAUUCGAGAUCGACGAGGCGAGGAGCCUGACGAGGAGCGACUGCAAGCGUCGCUCGCAGUGCGGGAGAGAUUCUAUCUCGUAGCACGAGGACUCCGGACUGUCGAUACAUCGCGAUUUUCUCCCGAUUGACACGGUGAAUAUUACGGAAUUCGUGAGAGUGUUGCGCGGAAGCGAGUGCGGGCACAAGUUCGAGAGCGCGGCGGAUUCCGCUCCUGGCCGCGUCGCACGCCUGCCGGAGCAAUCCCGCGGCGAGUUUGGAGACGGGAGUCCCGCGGGGUGACAUUCUCUCACCGGGAACAGCUGGUGGCGAAUUCCCCUCGGAGCAUCACCGGCGCCGCGUUCAUCGACGCGUCAACGACCUCGGCUCCGUCCGGCGAUCCGGCGUAAAGGAGCUCUCAAGUGGUGUUAUCGUGUGACAGGCGAAGGUGUCAACGGCGCGCUCCAUCCGCUGCAGGAGAGGAGGAUCCGUGCGCGUGCGACCCUAAACGUGAAAGUGACACUUGCGCGCGGGAGCCAGCGGGAGUAAACACUUCCUGGAAGUAGCGGUUCCCGAGACGAGACUCGCACAUACCGCUCGCCGCGAGGAACGGAACCGGUGACUGACGCGAGCGAGCAACGGAAACCAGGAGAGAAAACUCGGGAGGCAGAUCAAGCGUGCGGCGAGGACGAGAGAGACAGAGAGAGAGAGAGAGGAAGAAGGCGAUGCUGUGCCUCGGCUGCUGCGAUCGCGGUUAAUUCGCACGUGUCGCGAUAUGUCGGGUGGCACGGCGGGCGGCGUCCGCGGCACCGGCGCCGAGUGCAGGAAGUUCGCGCCGAACAUAUUCAACAAGAGCAAGUGCAGCAGCUGCUUCAAGCAGAAGGAGGAGCACAGCGCGGAGGCUCUGGAAUGCAACAGGGCAACGAGGAAAAUUUCCAAAUGUGGAUAUCUGUUCGUCGCGCCCGGAUGGGAUUUUUCAAACCCGCUGAAUCGGACGAAGAGAUGGCAGAGGAGGUGGUUCGUUCUCUACGACGACGGGGAGCUGACGUAUUCUGUGGACGAACAUCCCGAAACGGUGCCUCAGGCGAGGAUCGACAUGACCCGCGUACUGGAGGUGGCCGCAGCCGAGGACGUCACCGGGCAUCCUUACAGCCUCGCCGUCACUUCGCCGGAGGGUGUGACCUUCGUCAAAGGGACGUGCCGUGAAGAGACCAGGUGGUGGACGGACGUUCUCCAGGUGUAUUCGCGAAACAAGGGUCGGCACAAGCGAAAUGCAACCUUUCCCGGCGGGCAGACGACGAUCCUGCAAGUUACACCGACAAUUCGAAGUAACACGCCAAAUCCACCGCGACCGCGCUUCAAUAGCUGCCGAUCGGAGCCGCGCAGCAGCGCGUCGUGGAUUCCGGAGACCGGCGGCGGAACGUCGGAUCUGUGCACCUCCGUUUUCUCGUCCACGCCGUCCUUGGUGACGACCAGCGUCGUCACCGCCACCAGCAGCAGCGUGCUGACGAACGGCAACACGGAGAGCGUCCCCGAGAUCAGGAACAGCCUGUCGCCGUUGCGCGCUCUCGAGAACGGGUCCACCGGAAAUUAUCUGUCCGGCGUGACGUCGACCACGUCGUCGUCGUCGUUGAACGGCAACGUCUGCAGCACGAUCUAUUCGACUUCCACGACGGCCGUCGCGACGGCGACGACGACGACGACGGCGAGCAGCAUUGUCUCGCUGACCGAUAAGCCGCCGAUGAUCCCCAACGACGGCGCGAGAUCGACGAGCUAUCGCGAUCAACCUGCCAGCAGCGCGUCACCGCCGACCCGGGACAAGCUCCGCGCCGAGGACAAGGCCAGGCGCAGGAUGAAUCAGCAGGGCGAGCGGACCGUCGGCAUCAUCGGCGACGCGGCCGGCCCAGCCUCCGGCGAGAAACUAGACGACGACGCGUGUCGGAGGAUACUUUUGGAGCACGAGCGGGAGAGAGAGGGAAAGCUACGAGAUAUUGCAGCUUCUUUAACACAGCCACGAGCGAGAAGAAUGAAGCCAAGAACUUCGGAGCCAACCAGAGACGUCGUGGAUGCGGUCAACGCGGCUCAUCAAGAUAAACUUAUCAGAGGCGAUCCCGAUGGCUGCGGCCUAGAUAUUUCCGGCAUCAGGUAUUCACCCACUUCCGAACUGAGAGUCGAUCUGCCGGCAGAGGACUUGCUGAACAUCAAGAAGGGCUGGCUGAUGAAGCAGGGCUUGAAUAAGGAAUGGAACAAACACUGGUUUGUUCUGAGAGGCUGCGGACUGAUGUACUACAGGGAUCCCUGUGCGGAGGACAAAGGCAUCAUGGACGGCGUUAUAGACCUCAAUACUGUCACCGCGGUCACGUCGCUUCAGGUCGCACGAAAUUACGGAUUCCAGACUGUCGCCUGGGACGACAGAGGUAGCACGGUGCUGUCCGCGGUGACAGCUGGCAUUAGGUCCAGUUGGAUGUCGGCCAUCAGAAGAGCGGCCAAUCUACCUGAUCCCGAUAGCAGCGUGGAUUCUCUUACCGUUUGCACGGAUACUCAGCAAGAGACAAAUCCUCAGUCGCCUACUACAUCUAUUACGGAUCGUGAGAGGGACUCUGUCGUUCCGUCGACAUCCAUCACACCUAGAUCGGUGCUGUUCUCGUCUGACGAAGAGUACAGGACCGCUUCCGAGGGUGGACGAAGAGAGUCUGGCGACUGGUCGGAGAUGCCGGUGUCGCCACCGCUGGUGAGAAACGGCGAUUGGCCUAUGGCGCUGAAGGGUUCCGGCUGGUCGGAUUCGGCGAACCACGAGUGGUCGGAGCUGCCACCGUCGCCGCCGUUGACGAGAACCGCAUUGUCGAGGGUGAAAGCUCGGUCUAGAUCGAGUUCCAGAUCGAGGGUCUACAAGAGAAGUCGGAGCUCGCCCCCGAGUUCGCGGAGAAGUACCCUGGACAGCGUAAGAUCGGAGGAUCUGAUGAUGGCUUGCUGCGAACUCGGCGAGGACGAGGAGCAGAACAACGGCCACCUGCAGAGUAACAGCUGCCUCUCGAGCACCAACGAUAGCCCGCUUAUCGUCGAGCUUUUGGAGAAUCAAGUGUCGCUGCUGCGCGAUCAACUGGAUCAGAAUCAGUCUCAUCCGAGUACGUUACUAGUCAUUAUCGAGCGUCAGGAGAACGAAAUCGAGGGCUUGAAGUCGCAGCUGAAUGCGGCGCGGACCGACAUCGCAAACGCAGAGAAGGAGCUGUCCAGGCUCCGACAGCAGAAAGCGGAAGCGUCCAUCAGGGAGAAACAAGUGGAGGAACUGUUGAAUACGAUACAAAGAACGGAACAGCAGCGAAACAAGGAUCUCGACGAUUUGGAGAAGAUGAAGAAGGUGUACAAUAGAGAGAAGGAGGUCUUGGAGUGCAAAUUACUUGAAACAGAGGCUAUUUUGAGAGAGACGACGGAGAGAUGCGAAAUGCUUACGAACGAAGUGACGUCGAGUCACCGAUCCGUCGAGCAUCUUCAGGCGGAAACAGCAGCUCUCAGCGACAGAUUGUCCCAAGGUAUCGAGGAGAACGAACGGCUUUACAAUAGAGUAAGGGAACUGGAGGAAAAGAAUGGACUGUCUGCUUCGAGGGAACGUGGAAGAAGCUUCGAUUCGCUUAGCGAUUUGACCAAUAUUGAAUUGGAUUUAGAUUUGACUGCAUUGGACAAGGAAAGAGUUAUGGAGGAGUACGACGAGUUGCGAAGCCGUUUCGAGAAGGCUGUCAUGGAGAUUCGAGCUAUGAGGAAGGAGUUGCGAGAAGCUCAUGCCACACAAGAUGUUUUGGAGUUGGAAAUCUUUGCUCAUAAGCAGGACGCAGUUAACGUCAGCGAGACAAAUCAAGCACAGAUUCAGUUAAUGGCGGCGAGAAUUCAGGAUCUGACUAACAAGCUAGCCGCUAGCGAGAAGCAAAUUAGAACUCUAAAGCAAAAGUUGACGAAGGCCGAGAGCAGAGAUAAGAGAAGAUCACUCUCUCUGAAAGGAAGAGAAUCUUUUCAGAUCUCUCAGGAGGUGGAAGACAAACUUUUGGAUCUUGAAAACAAGAUUUGCGCUAUAGAGAGAGGCAAGAGCAUCAGCGCUCCUGUUUCCGCCGGCAACAGCUCGAAGGAAUCGAGCCCUAAUCCGAAGAAAGAAAAGAGAAGAGAAAGCAAGAAUCUGGAUCGGGCUAGAUUGCGAAGAAAAUCGUUGGAUAGCGCGACGAGCUCCGAACCGAUGAAAGUGUUGAUUAGAUUAAGCACUCUGGAAACGAAAGUGGCGAACGUUGCUGAGACCAUGGCCAGUGACGCGGAGAAGGAUUCCAGCGAGUGCAGCGAAAUCAACGGGUCCUCCGAGGUGUCGUUGGAGGUCCUGGCAAGGCUGAAGAAACUGGAGAGAGUAGUGUCGAAGUCGAAACGACGAUUGGAGAAGUGCCUCGGCUCGACGCAAGCGGAGGACAAGGCCGAGAAGUGUUUGCGCGAGGUGAAUGAAAUCUUGGACUCGUGCUUAGAAUGUAAGAAGAAUCAGGCUAGCGCUCAAAUCACCGAGUCAGUAGGGGUAGUGGUAUCUAGGCUAGAAACUAUACUUAAGGACAAACUGAGCGAACUCACGAAGAGACGGCAGUUGCUGGCGCAGGAAGGUCGGCUGGACGAGAGGGAGAAGAUGCGACUCGUCGCCGAGAGAAUAGCCUUCGAGUCCGUGAUCCUGCGGCAGAUAAAGUGCGCGCUGAAUCGCACGACGGACAGAAGCGCCGUUUUGAGUGAAUUGGUCGAAACUAGUCAGCUUGCCUCAAGCUUAAAGCGUAAGAUUCACGGAACUAAGCCCAAAACGUACCAAAAAACGAAUUACAUUCAGUAUCUCACUAAAGUGUUAGCGAAUAAGUUAGUACUGAUAGGACAUCCCUCCGUAUCGGCGGAAACGCCGAAGGAGAUUGGUGCCGCUCGCAGCGAAAGUCUCAACUUUCUGCUGCAGAAGCAGCGGGAGAUCAACGAGAUCAUGCGGAAGUACAAGGACGCGAAGUUGCGACAGCUCGCGGAAUCUCUGGCCGCCGAGACGUUGAGUCUGUCCGAGCAGGAGGAUCUCGCGGGCAAGCAGAUAAGCGGCUCCAGCAAGAAGCUACUCGAGGAUAGACGUAUUCGCGAGGCGUGGGCUUUAGCACAGGAGACCGUGAGCAAGGAGCUCGUACAGGCCGAAGUGUCUCACGUCAUCAUGCGUUACGGACAGUUGUACGAGCAAAAUGUGACGUCGAUCACGGACAUUUGCCUCAGCUUCGACAACGCGGACAGUGUCAAGCUAGAGUCGUGGGUGGACGCGGCGCAGGUGCGGUUGCGCCAGGAAAUGGAGGUUUCCAUACACGAGCUGUCGGAGGCUUACGAGGACUGUCUGCGUACGAUGAAGAAGAGCAAGUUGACGGCGCUCGAUUCCAAGCACGAGUCCCGCCAACUGCUCACCGACUACGCCGACGUGAUUGCGCACAAGGCUUUAAUAGAUUCCAGAAUCGCCCUCCUUCAGGAAACCACUCGGCAAUCAUCUACGACGCUGUCUGGCGAGACUUUCGUAUCUAGUCUUAUUCGAAACGAAGACAUUCUUUCCUGUCUGGCAAACGACGAGGGAUACGAUCUUCAAAGCAAUCCGAUUCUCGACGCGGAGUACAGUUACCUUUACCAGCGAUUGACUAAGGAGUGCGAGGACAGAAUAUCCGGAAGGAGAGAGUCGAAAGAGCAGCUCAAGAACGUCAGUCAGUCGUUGUUCCACUUGGAAGAGAAUCUGGCUGAGCUCAGCAAAUGUAUAAGGGAUAAAACUGGCGUGAAAAUUGACAAUAUGAUUUGGUCGAAGUCGACGAGCAGCGUCACCGAUUGGUCUAGCGUGUGCGAGAAAUGUUUGCAUUUACGCGAGCAGAUAAGGAAGUUAAGCGAACACAUGAACAACGUGUCGUGCCAGACAUGCAAUCAAUUGCAGGAAGCUAUUCAAAAGAUAACCAACGAACAUAAUCAGGAAUUGGAGACACUCAAGCGCAAUCAGGAGAGAGAUCUGAUGGAUAUCAAAGGCGAACUGGACUGCCAGCGGCAAUCCCUGACGACACAGUACGAGCAGGAGGCCGCCAGCUUGCGCGAGAGAGCCAGGAAAUUGGAGCACCGUCUUAACGCGAUGGAUUCCGAGCACUCGGCUCACGUGAACGAGCUGAGGGCUGCCUAUCAGAGAUCGAUAAGCGCCGAACUGGACACAGACGCCGAGACGCGAAAGCGGUACAAGGAGGAGAUCAAGCAGCUGCGCGCGUUAUGCGAGAAGGGUCUGUUGGCGAUGGAGAACUCGCACAGGCGCAUCAUCGCCGAGACGGAAGAGAAACAUCGGCAGGAAUUGGAGAACCUCAGGGUGGAGAAGGAGCAGGCGCUCUCCGAGGAGACGCAGGCGACCCUGGCCGCGCUGGACGCCAUGAGGAAAGCGCACGAGCACGAGGUGCAGAAGGAGAUCGCCAAGUUCAAGCAGGAGUUUCUCAAGCAGAUGCAGGCGCGCGAGGACAUUGGCGUGCUGCACAAGGAACACGAGGAGGAAAUGGAGGAGAUAAAGCAGGAGAUUCUUUCUCUGUCCGCGAAGUAUUCGUCCAAAUGCGUGGAGUCAGCCGCGUUGGAGGAGAAAGUGGGCAACCUGUCCAAGCAACUCGCCCAGGCGCAACAGCACAUCAUGCAGCUGGAUGCGAGGAACAAGCAGUUACGGGCGCAUCUGGUAUUGGAGACGAAUGACAGUAGCGGUAUCAAUGAUACUAUACAGAUUCUGAGAGGUAGAGACAACGAGCUCGCCGAGCCGAGGGAUGAAAUGCACCGACUGCAACAACAAUUCAAGCAUGGGGACAACCUUCGUGAAUCGUCCGGCGUGCCGUCGAAAGUCGCCCUGUCGCUAGACUACUCGCCUGCCUAUUCGCCACAACGUCUCAGAGGUAGUCAGGGUGGCGGCGAGCAGAAAUUAACGAGCGAACGGAGUCCGAAAGGAGCGAGCUCCUUGUCCAGCGCGUUGCGUAAACCAUCUCUGUCGGCGGAACGGCCUCAGAGCGCGUUCUCGUACAGACUCGAGCGCGUAAAGUCCGUCUCGUUGCCGUACUCGAGUAGUCUGGCCAGGCCGGCGAGUAGCGACGGCGUUUCCGGCGGGAAAGAGCCGCCGGCGAGUUUAGGACAAAAGGAGCGUAACGGCAACCUGGGCUCGCCGUUGUGGGACAGCUUAAGACCGAGGAGCGGCCUGCCUCAUCAGUAUCAAGGUGGCACAACAGCAGAGAUGCGAGUCGGCGGCGGCACUGGCGCCCAGCGGUGGCAGGAGACCAAGCAGAAUGAAAAGCAGCACCUCUCGCAGACAUACACCCUCCGUGCCAACGCUCGUCACACAUCCCGCCUCACCCCGGAACCCGCAGCUCUCUCCGUUGCAGAGUUGAUGAGGUCUCCAGCAGUGAGAUGGUCCAGCAGAAGUUGUCGCAGCCUACCUCCGACGCCUACACCAAGUUACCAUCAUCCACUUCACCCUCCUCUGCCCGCCGUAGGCAUGGUCGCCGAGAGGAAAAAACGUUUCGAGCUUUGAACUUCUGUACUUUUCUUAUUUCACUUAUUAAUAAUUAAAUAAUGCGUAUGCGUAUACAGAAAUAGUCGAAGCGAUUACACACAUUUGACGUAUUUAAAAUUAUUUGAAAAAAAAAAAAACGAAAUUUGUGACAUUCCGGAUAAUAAAAUAUCAUUUAUGAUAUCGAAAUAAAAGAAGAAAUACAUUCUUCCGGUAUGUGCUUCUUCUUUUGGAAAUUAUAAGACUGAAAGUAUAUUUUGAUAUAUAAAAUGGAACCAAUCAUUUGAAAACGCUUCACACAGGGGACACAGAUUAGUCGGAUAAUCUGCGAUUCGCGUGAACGCGAAUUGCAAUUUCACCACUGCCAUACGAGAAUCGCGUUGAGGCUUGGAUGAUUUUUGAUGGACCAAAGUCGAAAUAUCUAUCGAUCGCGUUCGUUGUAAAUAUUGAAUCGUGUUUAUUAAGUAAACACGAUUCAAUAACCGAGACAAGUUCCGAUUAUUCAAAGAGGACGGAUUGCGAAAUCUCUUCUUCUUACAUGACGUGAAAAUUCGUAAUGUCAACAAUCAUUGCUUUUCUUGCAAAAAGAUCUUACAAAUAAAAUUUGUCUUAUCCGCAAAAAUAUCAUACAUAUAUAUUAUGUUAUAUAAAAUAUGUUUUAUUAAUAAUUUUCUUCAUUAUUGGAAAUAUUUAAAUUGAUUUACAAUUAGUAACUCUAUAUUAACAACUUUUUCCAUUGUUGAAGGAAAUAUUUAAAUUUAUUUACAGCCUGUCAAUUCAUUAUUUUAU